AUGGAGAACGAAGACGGCAUGGCAUCAGCACAGGAACCCGGCCGGAGCAGUGUCCUGGACGAGACCUCCCACUCCCACGCGCUUCUCGCCCCCGAGAUCAGCUUCGCCAUGGAUGACAGCGUAUCUGCGGCCAGUGGAAUGGAUGUAUCGGACCGCCUGUCCACCCUCGAGCAGCGGGUUCAGAUGCAGGAGGACGAGCUGCAGAUGCUGAAGUCAGUGCUGGCAGACCUGCUGCGGAGGCUCAGCCUCUCCGAAGAGAGACAGGCUACCGUCACCAAGAAGGGAGCAGCCAAAGCCAAGCCCAUGAUGCAAGCCCGGAGCCCUGGAUCCACGGCUACCAGCAGCACCGUCCUACCAAAGAGACCCAGCACUGCCCCAACUCCCUCCUGUCCCAGAAAAACCCCCUCUGCACUAGCAACCAAGAAGUACAAGCCCCCGUCAAAAUAA